AUGUGAUUUCCUGAUUAUGAUUUAAAACUAGACACUGCAAUUGGUUAGUUUUAAAAAUUCGACAAGGCGAUUGGCUAAUAUCUGAUUGUCAUUGGAAAGUAUCUUGUUCAAACGACUAGUUUAUAAUUUUAGUUGACAUAUAACAUAACCUAUUAUUCUCACAAUCUCACAACAGCCUUAGGUACUUCGGAAGAGAAUUAACGAUGACAUUUGUAUAUUUGUGUGAAUGGGAUUGAACAAUACAACAGGCUUGUUUUAAAAAAUGCUGUCCUCUAUGUUAAGAGAACACCAAUCUAAGCAAAUCGCAAAGAAGGAAAGUCAAGAGUCGAAACGCAGGGAAGCUUGUACCAGUGCUAGCGACCUAACUCAGGCUCUAGUCGAUCAUUUAAACGUAGGUGUGGCUCAGGCUUACCUGAACCAGAAAAAGUUGGACGUCGAAGCCAAACAGUUGCAUGUGAACGCUACGAAUUUCUCCAAGCAGACGCAGCAAUGGUUGAACCUGGUCGAGUCUUUCAGUGGGGCAUUGAAGGAGUUGGGUGAUGUGGAGAACUGGGCUAGGACUAUAGAGGGGGAUGUUAGGACCAUUACGAUGGCUUUGGAGAUUGUUUAUAAAGGCUCGCAAGAAAAUAAUACGAACAGUAUUGAAUAACUAAUACGUUACGAUUUGCUAAGGUUUUGGUGAUGAUGUUUUAAGUUGCCUGUGAUUUUUAGCACAAAUUGCUUGCUAGUUCAGUGGUCAUUUGCCAAUAGCUGUUAUUUAUAAACAAAAUUAAUUAUUUUGAAGACAUUUGUUCAAAAUUAGCUCUACAACUCGUGACAAUUAUUGGGAAAAUUGCUUAUAUUGCGAGUAUAAGUAUGCGGAAGGUAUAUAAGAAAAAUUAAACCAAUCUUUUUGGGAUAUUUACCCAAUUUUUAUCAAAAUGUUGAUAAAAGUCAAAAUACGAACAGUGUAGGAAGAAUAUGAAAACAUUGAUUUUUUUCUGGUUUGUAGGUGUUUGUGCAUAAAUUUGUACUAUUUUUGAAUAUUUAUUUAUACUUAUUUUAAUAAAAAGCUUGUUAUGUUAAAUACAGAA